AUGCACCAAUACUACAAAAUGGCCGACUCGGGUAUAGGAAAUAUCACUGGCGGCUUACGGCGCCGCUUCUCGGUGCGGCUCAUCAUCUCCUACGCCUUCGACUGGGCCGUCCUCAUCUUCUUCGCUGCAAUCGGCGUCGUCUUCGACCGCAUCGAGCCCGCCAAACGACCCUUUUCUCUUGUCGACCCCAACAUCGCCUUCCCAUACACCGAACACGAACUCGUUCCGAUCUACCUACUCUUCAUCCUUGCCAUCGGCGUUCCUGCUGUCAUCGUCGCCGUUGUCUCCUUGAUCUUCGUUCCCGGACCAACUGCCCCCAAAGGCACACCCAAGACGCUCAUCUUGCAGCGUAAGCUCUGGGAAUUCCACGUCGGCUUGCUCGGCCUCGUUUUCGCCCUCUCUCUAGCAUGGUUCUUUACAAGUGCCAUAAAGAACUUCUUUGGCAAGCCUCGCCCCGAUCUUCUGAGUCGUUGCGAACCCGACUGGAAGAACGUCAAGGAUCAUAUUGCUGGCGGCUACAGCUGGGGCAACAUGAACGGUCAGCUCGUCUACGCCAGUAUUUGCCAGCAGACAGACUCGUACAAGCUCGACGACGGCUUCCGCUCUUAUCCCAGCGGCCACGCCUCCUCCGCCGCCGCCGGCCUAAUUUACGCCUCGCUCUUCCUAGCCAGCAAGUUCUCCGUCACCAUCCCCUUCGUUACGCCUUCGGCCGCUGUAGCUGCGGGGGCUACUGGAGCUGCUUCUCACGCCGCCUUCCCUUCCCGCCUGAGCCCUGAAGUUGAUCUCUACGAGCCCACUCGCGCCCGCGGCUUCGACGACCGAUCUGCCACCUCCUCGCUCACUACCAAGGUCUCGCUCUUUGGCGAUAUGGGCCAGCACAACGCCAAGAUCCAGUCUCUUCGCCGUCAAGCUGCUGCUCCCCCCGUCUACCUCCUCGUCUUCACCCUCCUCCCCUUCGGCGUUUCCAUAUUCGUCGCCGGCUCCCGUUGGUAUGACAUGCGCCACCACGGCUUCGAUAUCCUCUUCGGCUACCUGAUGGGUGUUGUCACCUCCUUCUACGCCUUCUACUACUACCACCUUCCCAUCCGCACUGGCGCAGGCUGGGCCUGGGGUCCUCGCAGCGACGAACGCGCCUUCUGGGCUGGCGUUGGCCGUCUGGGCUAUGCUGGUACGGAUGAGGAGCUGGGUAUUUACUCUCGACGAAACGAUGUGGGUAUUUCUGGUGAUACUUCGUACCCUCCCAUGGCGUCUACCCUUGCGCAGCGAAAUAUGCAACAACAUGAUGAUCAGGGCAGUGAGCGUCGUCCAAGCCAGAACUUCCGGGAUGUUGAGCUACAGCGGAUGGACGAGGCGGAUUGUGCCGAUAACCUGUUUGGUGAAAACCGCGUCUAG